GCUAUGUUUCCCAACAUUGAACUUCCGCCAUUAUCUAAUCAGUGCGAUUCGUCUUGCCAGCUUACCUCACCAGCUUUACCCAGUACUAUAGACUCAAUUCUUUACUCCUCCUUAUUGCCAGACUCCUUUGCCCAAAGUUACACGCCGCGCGCGCAAAAGGCACCGCGUGUCAGGAAAAGCCCCGCGGCCUCCACCGGGCCUGCCAAAGAGAAACCCUUCACCUGCCCCAUGGAGAACUGCGACCGGCGCUUCUCCCGCUCGGAUGAACUCAACAGGCACAUCCGCAUCCACACCGGACACAAACCCUUUCAGUGCCGCAUCUGUCUGCGCAGUUUCAGCCGUAGCGACCACCUCACCACCCACACCCGGACUCACACGGGAGAGAAGCCGUUCUCCUGCGACGUAUGCGGCAAAAGGUUCGCCCGGAGCGACGAGAGGAAAAGGCACGGUCGCGUGCACCUGAAACAGAAAGAGAAGAUGGAGCUGAAGCCACAAGUGAUCAGCGCGUGGCAAUUUACUCUUCCGGAGGGAAUUUGAAGAGGCACCACUACGCACACGAGUAGCUCUGUCCACACAACAUUACAAUCUUUCCGUCGAAGAUAAAAAGCUUGACAGUUCAUUGCUGAUUACAGGUCGACGUAUCAACGUUUGCGGUGUGACAUAUAGGUCGAGGGAAAUUGGUUUGACUGUGAAAGUCUCUAUAGGGAGUCUUAGAAUAAGGAUGUUUUGCGAGUUUGAUUUGCAUAAUGCUAUAUCGGAAAGUGAAUUGUGAAAAGGGUCUGCUCUUUCGACCCUCGUUUACUUGCUGCUGCUGACUCUAUGCAACACAUGCAUAACUUGAUUGUAAAACCUUCCCGAGUUGACAGCUCAACAGACACUUGUUGUAUUUCUCUGUUACAAUCAACCAAUUUGGUCAUGCCAAACCAAACACCAAGGCAUCAUAACAAAUGCCUGCAGCAGUUCAGCACCCUUUCGUCUGGACAGCUCCAACUUCAAACCUCGACGAAGAAAUAUACCAAUAAGAAAACGAACUGCAUCGAAAUUGCUGGGCUGUAUUGCACUUAUAUCUAAUUUGAGAUAUCCUCUAUCCACUAGAAAGUCUUAUAUUUUAUGCUUUCGAGGCUGUUUUAUUCCACUAACACUGCAACCAGUCAGAUAGUGGUUCUUCAAAUGCAUGUUUAUGUUCAUGUGGUAUUAUUGAAUAUAGCCAACAAAUAACUUAGUCCUCCACUUGCCGAAUGGAAGUGCAGGAGACUUCGUUUUAUGACAUGAAUGUAACACAUUAUUCUUGGCUUUAGUCACGAAGCAGUCCAUUUGUGCCAAGGUUUUGAGAAUUUAUUUUGCUUUGCUAUCAGUAUUCUAUUGAUUGGUCUUUGUGUUGUAUUUAAACAAAAUGG